UUUUUUUUCGUGAAAACAUGGACCAAGUUUCUAGGAAAAUCUGGGUUGUUGAAGCAGCCGUUUACGCGACAGGAGAAUACUGUUAUUCAGACGUGUGUUGUUGCUACUUCUGGCAUCGCGUUUUCUGGUAUGUUUUUUUUAACGGCAAAUGUUACUCUAUUUUACCGUAUAUUUUAGGUUAGUUUAUUUCUGGUAGGUACUGUUUCGAUACACGCUAGCUAAUUGUUGGGCAUAAGCUUUAGGGUGUAAGGGGUGCUCACCUAAUAGGUGAGUCCCCCCUCUUACACGUAACCAACCAGAAUAAGCCACGUCAACUCCCCUCUAACACUCCCCUAAUACCCCUUUUUGAUGGCGGCACUCCCCUAUUAGGGGAGUUGGUUUCGAAAGUUGUGCCAUCUUCGAAAGAUGGUUUCGAAAGUUGUGCCAUCUUCGAAAGAUGGUUUCGAAAGAUGGCAGGGGACGGCGGAGGACGGCUGAGCAACGGUCUCCCUCGAAAGUUGUGCCAUCUUCACGCGGUGAACCCACACCCAAAACCCACCCCGAUUCGGGACCCCGCGGUGAUGGCGGCGGUGUUCCCGAUCGGGGAAAGGCCUCACCGAAACCCCUUACCGAGUACGCCCCGGACACCCUUAUGUGAUUUGGGAAUUAUAGAUCUGAAACAUGUGUGAUAAAAAGUGUGGAAACAGUGUCAAUGAUUAUUGAGUUAACUGCCAUUUUCGUCUAGUGGUUUGGUGGAAAAUGCCACUUCAGUCUAAAAAGAAAUUUGCGUCAGUUCUGUCCUCAACAUUUUUGAUACGUGUCAAUUCAGUCCAAAAAGAUAACGUCCGUUAAAACGUUGAGGACGGAACUGGUGCAAGGCGUUAUCUUUUUGAACUGAAAUGACACGUUUUAAAAAAUGUUGAGGACGGAACUGGCGGAAUUUUUUUUUUCUAGUGGUGUUUUUUUACCAAACCACGGGGACGAAAAUGACAGUUAACUUAUGAUUAUUUAUGUGAGAGUGAUGGGGGUAAUUUUUGUUUAUUUGGAAAGUGAAAUUUAGUUAAUCUUUUUUAAACAGUUGUUUGGGGAUAUUUUAUCCAAUACUAGAUUAUGUUUAGUAUUUCACUAUAGUUAAUGCACGUUUUUCUAAUAAUAAAAGGCCUUAAACUUAUGAUAUUGUUGUGGUAUCAAAUGUAUUUCAUUUAAGUUACUUUAUUUUAAAAAGUUCUAAAAUUUAUGAAAUAAUUAUAACUAAUGGAACAAUUAAUGAAACUUGAGUAAUUUUUAUGUUAAGAAUUAUCAAUGAUUGUACUAAGAAUGAUGCUAAAACUUGGUUAUUGUUUAAUAAUUUUAGCAUAUUCUAGUUUUCAUAUUUCAUAAUCCAUACAGAUUGUUUUACCAAAAUGUAAUUUAUUGCUUAUUCAUGUUUGCUAUAAAAUAAUCACAUGAUUCCUCGCAUACAAAUUAUAUGAAUCCGAAUUUCCUUCCCAUAAAUAUGGACAUGAAGUGAUCACCUCCUAACUAAUUGGCUCUUUUCUUAAGACCCCCGUAACGGGGCGUUUUUUUUAAAAAAAAUUGCCAAAUAACGCCCAAAAACGCCGGAACCCCCAUUACACGGGGCGUUUCCGGGCGUUUUUUUUUAAAAAAAAUUGAGUUGGCGUGGUUAUUAAAACGCUGUUAAAUUGAAAGGUGGCAAAAAUUCGACCGUUGCCAACGGUCAAAAACUUAUUUAUUUUUUUUUUUUAAUUCUAAAUUUUACCCACUAUAUAUAUAUCAAUCCAUUUUCUUCAUUUUUUUAUAAACUUUCUACUACUUUCUAACCCACUCUCUUCUACUACUUUAUAAAAAAACCUCCACUUUCUCCUAUUUAUUUACAAGUAUGCAUCCAUACCGACCCCCGUUUGGUGGCCCCGCAAGACCCACGAACCCGAACACAACCCAACCGCAAACCCCGUACAACCUACAAGACAUGGACCCGAGCUUUUUAACUUACGCGGCUUUCUUGAGUGGCGCCUCUCCUUUUGUUCCUCCCACCUACGGCUUUGGUCAAGCCGGCGGGUCGCAACCGUCACAACCCGAACCCGAAUCCGAACCCGAUGUCGAGGUCGUGCCGGAGUCGCAACCCGAACCGGUGCAAGACAAAUCGAAACGCGGCAGAAGGUCGCAUAAAAAGAAGGAAAAGGAUGAGCCUCGACGUGCAAAAACAACCAUUAAAUGGACGAAGGACGAGGAAUACACGUUGAGUCGGGCGUGGCUCGAUAUUUCGGAGGACGAAGAUACCGCAAACUUUCAAACGGGCCCCGUUUUUUGGGAUAGGGUGCGUGCACUCUUUUAUAGCUCGUGGGGUCAAGGCGAGCAUCGGGACAAGGAUUCAAUUUCUAGCAAAUGGACCGACAUCAACAACAAAUGUCACGCGUUUCAAGAAGUUUACCAACGUAACUACGACAAUCGCCCGAGCGGUGAAAGUGACGUCGGGGUUUUAACAAAGACUUUGGAGGAGUUCGAUCGGACGAAAAGCCCUUUCACGUACUAUAAGUGUUGGGAGCUUCUACGAAAAAGUCCAAAGUGGGCGCUUGUUAAUCCAAUGACGUCAAGUAGUAGACGCCGGGCUAAAAGGUCAAAAACAUCAUCCUCCGCCGACCCGUCAACUCCGACAUCCGAUGCCCGUAAUGUUAAUUUAAAUGAAACGUUGGACGUCGACGAGCAAAUUCAAGAAGAGUUGGCCCGACCCACCGGUAGAAGAAAGGGAACGGGGAAAAAAACGGUCGAGUCGUCUUCCGAUCUCGAACUAAAGGAUGAUUUCGAGGAGAUGAACCGUCGUCUCCAAGAUAUUCGCGACCUCGGCCACAAACGUUGGGAGAUUAUGAAAGACCGAGUAGUUGAAACCAAAAAGUUCAACGAGUUGCAAGAGGCGCGACAAAUGGAAAAGGACAUUGAGUUUUUGUCCAAACCGAUCGACCACCUCCAAGGCGACGCGUUGAUCUUGGCUCAAAUGCGUCGCCAAAAAAUACGAGAAAAAUAUGGACUUUAGAUCAUCUAGUUUUUUUUUUUUUUUUUUCGGUUAUUUUAAUUUUCUGUUUUUUUUUCUGUUUUUUUUUUCGGUUAUAUUAAUUUUCUGUUUUUUUUAGUAUUUUUUUUCAAGUAUUGUAAUUUAUAUUUUAAUUUAUGGAAGACUUUAUCUUUUAUAUUUAAAAAAAAAAUAAAUGUAAAAUGAUUGAGUGGGCAUUAUUUGGAUAAUGCCCCACUACACCUUUUUUUCCUAUAAUGCCCAAAGUGUGACUAGGCGACACGUGGCGGAUAAUGCCCCAUGUUGGGGGCAUUAUUCUUGAUUACCAUUACGCAUGGUCUAAUAAAUGUGAAAUGCUGUAAUUGAGUUUUCUUUUAUUGUUUAAAAAAUAGGUUUGUUUUUUUAAACAGCAAAUUUUCUUUUAAUCUCUGUUGUCAGUGAGACUUGAACUCAAGAUCUCCUUAUCUUAAACCCGAGUAUUUAAAGGUUUUAUCUUACCAAUAGAUCAUCACUUUUUGGUAAAUAAAAUAGAUUUGUUAAUUAUAGUCUUGUGAGUUAUUCUUAUUAUUAAUCAUCUUUAAAAAGAUAAAUGUUUUAUUCAUGGUAUACUUUUAUAUAUCUAACAUAUUAUUCUUAAGUAUUUGAUGAAUUUCUUUUAUUUUUGUCAUAUGUGUGACUUAAACCCAAAAUCCCUUCCUCUCAAUGCUACCCUUUGAUAUUGGAUAAGUGUAAAUAACAGAAAAUUUAAAACACAUACCCAUAUCAAUACAUAUUUUAUAUAUUUUAAUAAUUAUCAUCUUAAAAGUCAUAUAAUCUACAUAAAUGUCUCCUUCCUCUUUGAAAUUUCUGAUGAAGCAGCUCACGUAUAAGUCGUGUGGGGUCUAGCACAAAUAUAGGCGUGAAAUCAGGAUACCAAUCGUGUGGUUCACAUCCUAUCAUCCACUUGACUUCUAAUCUUCCAAGUCAGCUUGAUAGUGUCUAUCACAUACUUUUCUCAAUAAUUGUUUUAAUUUGGUCUAAUUUUUUAAUUGAGAAAAAUCUCGGAUAGUCCUUAUAUUUUGUCCAUUUUUCAUCUUUAGUCCCUAACUUUUUAAAAUUUUUAUCCUUCUAAAUUUUCAAUUAAGCAUAUAGAGAAUACAUAUUGCUAGAAUAAAUAAAAUACACUUUGAUACUACUUAGUCGACUUCAAAUGGUCAUCCAUAUUAAUGUCAUGACUUCGAGAUCUAUGAACGUGGUUUUUAAAAGACUUAGUUCUACUAUUCAAAAAGGAUACCGGCGCAGUUUGUUACUCGUUUACCAUCUAUCUCGAUGUAAGUUAAUAUGUAUCAUAAAAUUUACUUUGAUACUUAUCAAAUCAAAUAACACACCUCUUAUUCACAUAGGAUUGAUCUACUUAAAAACCAAAAAGAAAUCUAAUUUGAGUUUUCAAAAAGAUAUGUUAUAAUUUUUUUUAAUUAAAACAAAGAAAUUAAAGCAAUUAUUAAGUUCUUUCUUGUGUGGUGUCGCUAUCAAUUUUCUUUUUGUAAAUAUCAACUUUAGAUUCUCGUCUAUGAUUAGGCAUGGUGGUAUAUUGGUCCCAUUUUCGACUUAUGAAUAGAGUCCAUGAGCUGGCAACUAGAUAUGUGAACAUGUAUAAUUCCACUUACUUGUUUUUAUCGAAGACAUGAAACAUUCAAUGUUAUACACGUUAGCUAUAUAAAUAUCACACUAUAUGAGUUUUAAUUAUUGUUAUAAAGAUCUUGCGAUAACAAGAAAACGACUUUAAUUCGUCUAUAUUUUUAUAUUUGAUUCAUAUUUUUAAAAUUUUAUAUUUUUUACGAGCCC